UUGGUUUGUGUAGGGGAGUCAAAGAGUUGAGAAAGAAAAUAUGGUUGGCCCCAUGAGACCUCAGAUUGUUCUCUUUGGCUCCUCUAUAGUGCAGUUUAGUUUCGACAAUGGUGGUUGGGGUGCUAUUCUAGCCGGUUUGUAUGCUAGAAAGGCAGACAUAGUAUUGCGAGGAUAUUCAGGUUGGAAUUCAAGGCAAGCUUUGGAUGUUUUGGAUGAAGUUUUCCCCAAGGAUGCUCCCGUGCAACCAUCGUUGGUGAUUGUGUACUUUGGUGGUAAUGAUUCCGUUCACCCUCACCCUUCUGGUCUUGGUCCUCACGUUCCCCUCCAAGAAUAUCUUGAAAACAUGAGGAAGAUCGCUAACCAUCUUAAGAGCCUCUCAGACCAUAUUCGCAUUAUAUUUCUCACAUCUCCUCCCAUCAAUGAAGAGCAACUCCGCAAAAAGCUCAGUGCAACUCAGUCAGGAAGAACCAAUGAAUCCUGCGGAGAAUAUGCAGACGCACUAAUGGAGCUCAGUGAGGAGCUGAACGUCAAGACCAUUAAUCUGUGGUCUGCAAUUCAGACAAGGGAUGACUGGUUAGAUGUUAGCUUCACGGAUGGAGUUCAUCUAUCAGCAGAGGGAAGCAAGGUGGUAGUGAAGGAAAUACUAAGGGUUCUGAGAGAAGCAGAUUGGAAAACCAGUCUGCAUUGGAUGUCAAUGCCAACAGAAUAUGCAGAAGAUUCACCAUAUUACCCUCCCGCUCCUGAUGGAACAACCACCAUUAAUGUGUCCUACUGUGUCUCGCGAAGGUCUUUGCAAUGGGAUCUGUAGAAGCUAUAUAUCAAUCUCAGUUACCAUGCAUGGAACGUUUCAAUACAAUUGGAGCCCAGAUUAUAUAUAAUCAAGAGUGUAUCAGUAAUUAAGAUGAUUUUAUAGUGUGUUUGAAUCCUGCUACCAACAAAGUGCAUCGCGGUUAGCGGAAUGUUGAAUCUCUUAAGUAUGUUAAUUGAGAUUCAAUCCUAACCAUGUGUUUAAAAAAAGAGAGAUUAUCAACUAUAGGUCAUAUCCUUAGGGCAAAACAAAAACAAUGCACCUGAUGCAUUUAUGACUAUGCGAUUGUAAAAUGGUAUUGUAC